GCUGAGCUUCAAGAGCUGGGCGCUGUCAUUAAGAGCCUCAAGGAAGAGCAGACGGCCACGCGACGGGGCACAAAGGUUGGGCACAGCAGCCGACAGGAGCGGGACAAGACGGAGAAGAACCUGCGCACUCAGCUCACCUGGGCGCGCCGCUUUGACCAGCCAGGGGCCGGAAAGAAAGAGAAGGUCUUUUCCUUGGCCAAAAAGGAGCUGAAAGACGAGAAGGCAGCUGCACCUCUCUCCAGACACGCCCGCAGUGCGUUGUUGGAAGAAGACGCACAGGAGGAGUUGCCCGAGCCAAAGGCUCGAACGAGAGAGCUGCCCCCGUCCGAGGCAAAGGUUACGGCGGUCAAAAAGGCGAAGAAGCGCCGCAAAGAGCGAAAGAGAGAGAAGAGGAGGAAGGCAGAGAAAGCUGAGAAAACAAGAGGGAGGCCCCCGGUGGGCAGCCUCUCUGCCUUCGGUGGCAACACCGAGACCGGCUCGAGAGGAGCCACCGACAAGUACCCUGGGUGGACUCGGGUCAACUUUGUGGUCGACUCGGGCGCCAGUGAGCCGGUUGGGUACCGCAGCUUCCGACUUGCUGACGGCAGCGUGGUUGCCAACGAGGGCACGCUUGAAGCCAAAGCCUGGCUGCUGGGAGACGAGGUCCUUGAGUUGAGGGCCUCGGUCGCUGCGAUCUCUCAGCCACUCUUGUCCGUGGGCCAAGUCACCUCCCGAGGGAACAAGGUGAUUUUGGGCCCGAAGGUGUGCUACCUUGAGACAACUGCGGGGAAGAAGCGCCGGAUCUUCCUCAAGCACGGUGUCUACAUCCUCCCGGUCUGGAUGGACACCAACAACCGACUUUUCGAGCUUGCUCCACACCCUUUCGAGGGGCGGAGCAAUGCUCGCCUGUAA